AUGACAACGUCGUACGAGCGACAAGAGGAGAAACAAGUGGAACAAUUGGAAGGUUUUGCAGAGAACGUUGCCGACAAAUAUCACGACAGUGUCGAUAAAAUAGGAAUGCUAGAGACUGUUGUCCAGGCAGAGAGUGGAAAUGGGAAUAAUGAUAUAUCGUUGAAUAAGAAGGAGAGCAUCGUCCUCAUACGUGAUAACAUUGCUGCAGCAUAG